ACUGUCACCAAAACGGAACGGAGCGACACGACGAUUGCGACGACAGUGCCCAGCGGACCAGCGAGAAUGUGUUGCCUGACGACACCCUGAAAUUCCUUUCGGAAGAAUAUUCCAAGCAGAGGGGACGCCAUGGAAGGGGACCAGGAGCAGACGUUUUCCAGCGUCGAGGAUGAGCUCCGCUACUACAAAGACCUGGCCGAGAAGUACAAAGCAAAACUUCAGGAGACCCAAGUGGAGCUGGAGGAAUUCCAGGCGAGCAGCCGAGACUAUGAGGUGGAGCUCGAGACGCAGCUGAAGCAGUACGAGACCUCGGACCGAGAGUUGCGAUCUCUGCUGGGGCGGGUGCAGUCGGAGAAUGAUUCCCUUCAGGAGAGGCUGAGCCAGGUGCAGCGGGAGAGCACGCGGCAGGUCUCGGACUUGCAGAACCAGCUGGCGGACGUCACUGCGUCCCGGGAGGAGAUGCACCGGUACAUCCGGGAGUUGGAGCAGUCCAACGAUGAUCUGGAGCGAGCCAAGAGGACCACUGUAGCAUCGCUGGAAGAGUUUGAAUCCAAGCUCAAUCUGGCGAUCGAACGAAACGCCUUCUUGGAGAACGAGCUCGACGAGAAGGAAGCCCUCGGUUUUAUGGUUCAGAGGCUCAAGGACGAGACGCGAGACCUGAAGCAGGAGCUGAUGAUUCAGCAGUCUGUGCACAAGGAAGAGCAGACGCCGUUCCCCGACAACGGUACCAGCGGGCUGGCCAAGUUCGAAGCCGCUUACAAAGCCAGGAAGGAGGCCCAAGCUGCAGCGGCUGCCGGUGUCGCCGGCGCCAACGCCGUCCCCUGCACGCCUGCGAGAAGCGGCAGCGGUGCGACGGAUUCUAACCGCAUCGCCACGGAAAACAGCGGCAGCUCGUCCUCAAAACUGUCGAGCAACGGAGCUGCGGGGACGGGCGUCCCCGGCUGCCAGACCCCGCUGACCCCUUCGGCGCGCGUCUCCGCCCUCAACAUUGUCGGGGACCUCCUCCGCAAAGUGGGCACGCUGGAGUCCAAGCUGGCGUCCUGCCGCAACUUCGUCAAGAGUCCGCAGCGAGAGGACGUGGAAGGGCUCGGAGCCAUUUCCGGCGUGGCCGCCGCCGGGCGAGCUCACCUCAAGCAACGUGCGCUCUCGAGCCCCCAAGAGUUUGUGCCGCUCGCCUUUUGAGGAAGGCCGGCGGAAGAAAGGACUCGAGUUUUAAUCAAACAAUCAACCGCAAGGCACAAAGACAGUCGUUUCGCGCACACAGCGUGUCUACUCGCCACCUCGCGGCUUUUCCGACCAAACUCCCUCGACCGCAGCAAGACCGGAAACGGCAGCUCUGCGGUUUCGGUCAUGCAGAGACGUUUGUCGGCGGGAAACGGAAGGCAGUGAGUGCAUCACAUGUGUCGCGUUUCUGCAGUACCGCGCGGCUUUAUUUAAACACAAACGGACUUCCUGGUUUUGUCAUCGAUGUCAAUGUUUCGGAGAGCUGGAGCCUUUAGCUCUUCUAAGUAAGGGCCUAACUUUACGGGAAAGGUUUUUUUUUUUUCUUUUAAUUGUUUUCAGUGUUUACUUUGGAACUGUUUGCGUCGAACUCUCAUUUUUCGGCGUAACGUCUUGUGUGUCAUUGACCCAUAUCUCUGUGCAUUGUUUUUUUUUUCUUUCAUUUUGAAUUUUAGAAAUUUUUAGUUGCUGACGAGAUUCAGAAUGGCUGAGCAUCUCUUCAGAACGGUGUUUCACCGAGGCCCAUUAGGUAAGGUACAAACACUUUACCAUGCUCUAGCUGGUAAGGUAAAAACACCUUACCAUGCAAGAGCAUGGCAAGGUGCUUGCUAGCCUUUAGUUUAACGUUCCAUUCAGGGGCUUAGCGUUUUGGGGUGUUUUGUUUAAAUGGCUCUGUGUUUUACGGGACUUCCGUCUUUUAAGUCAGUGAAUUCGUCUUUGUCUCUCAGUAUUUGUUGUCGUCCGUGGCCCUUUGACCGAAUGUUAAAUCCGGAUGUUUAGAAGAUUGAAGCAAAUGUUCAUAGUGGCUGUUCAGAACUGUGUAUAUGGGAUCAAAAAGAUCACUAGAUGUUCCUAACUCAGCAUUGCCCAUGUUAAGGGGGGACAUGGGUCAUUGGAGCCAAAAAUGUCCUAAAACUGUAUUCUUUUGAAAAUGGCAAUGGCUGUUAUUCUUCUGAAUUCAUCAGGCUUCUAAUUUCAUGGAUGAAUAUGUGGGCUAUAAAUCAACUAAUAAUGUCUAUGCGGGCUGAAUGUGAGUUGAAGUUGACUCUAAAACAUUGCUUUCACUAGACACAAUUUUCGGACUCGUGAAAAGUUUGCAGGAGAGAUAUCUCAGCAACCAGAGCAGAUAGAAUUAUAACCUUUCCUGAAAUGUGUAGCUAAAUGUGUGAAGCAUACAAUGUUGAGAGCAGAUUUUCUAAUAAAAGUCCAGAAAAUUGUUUAUUUGAUCUUUUGUUUUAUUAUUUGUUAGCCAUGCAUUGAGCACUGAACUUCAAUAUGUGUUAAAAUCAUUAAUAGUGUGUUUAUCUUAAAAGUACUUCCAACAUUGUAUGCUCUACACUUUCUAGUAACUAGCCAUGUGUUACAAAGGAUAUUUUGUUGAGUAGUUUGUUUCGUAUCAUUCCUCCAAACGAAGGCAGGCGAGUUUUAAUUACCUUGAGGACAAUUCUCCUGACUGAGAAAACAACCAGAUAUAUGAAAUCAGCACAAAAAGCUGAACAAGCUUAUGCAGUUUCAAUGGGUUUGGUCACAGAAUAAGAAAGAAAGCUCCAAGACCAGUGUUCCCCCUUAAAUCUUUUGUACUUUCUGUUUGCAUGAUGAGCAAGCGACCAUAAUUGGAGAGUGAAAAAUUCUUAGCAUGCUUUACGGCGGACGUGUUCAAGAGAUGUCGCUAUUGGAAACCAUGUCUGCACAAUGUGGCGUACGUUAAGAGGUUUCUGAAUCGUUGCAAGGUCUGUUCUUAGUGGAACUGCCUGCAGCUGUCCUUGCCAUGAUUUCUGGAUUGAACCAAAUUUUCAAACAAUCUCUUCAUUGUUUCAUGCACGGCAGUCAUCUGUUAUGUAUGCGUUUAUCUCGAAGGGAAAAAAAAACGUUCCGCUACCUUCGCUGGGCUUGGGGCAAUGCAGUACACUUUAAAAACAAACAGAAAAAACUGGUUGGUUUUAGGAAUUGUCUAGCCACAACUCUAUGUGAAGUUCUGGGAAUAGUCUAGCACACUGAAGUGUCUACUCUAGCCUUCUAUACCAAUUGGUGAAAAAAUGGACCAAGCACGCUCAAAUCUCGACUCUGGAUCAGUGUUUUCUGGUGUGGGAAGUUGUCGAAAUUGCUACCCUCUAGUUUCAGUACAGCUGUUUACAGGAUUGUGAGAGGCAGAAAUGUCCAGAGAGGGCUACCGUAAAUGGAGGCUCGGCGUCAACGUCCUCAAAGUUCAUUUUAAGCGUGGCCUCAGUCGUUUUUGAUACAGUGGCAUUACCUGCCGCUGGCAUCUAGGCAUGAAGUAUUUCAGUGGUCUUAUCACCCAAUUGUAGCGGUGUUGGGCGAGUCAUGUCAAAGUCACUACUUCUCGACUCCUAGACAGUACGGAGAGAAAAAAAAACAUUUACCGGUGACCCGUAUCUCUGCUUUACAUAGAGUAUUUGAGAAGUGGUAGUUUAAAUUUGUUUAGAAGCCGACGGUCAUUACAAAGAGUCAAGGACAUGUUCAUUCAUUUUCUCGCUAAAUUUAGCGGGGAACUCGAUGUCGUACGGCGUCGGGUCGGAGGACAUUGUGAUAUUGCAGGGUGCCAGGACUCGACACGGUGGCACAAUGUGACCUAACAUCAACCUAACGUCAAACAAUUUGGUCUACGAGAAAAGAGUCAAA